CCCGAGACUCUCUUUGGUUCGCUGGCCUCAACCUCGGCCAGGCUCCGCUCCUCCCGCGCGUGAGGGGCCUUGGCGGUGGCGGCGGCGGCGCCCGGCAUGUAUCAGAGCCCGCGGCGGCUCUGCUCCGCCCUGCUGCAGAGAGACGCGUCCGGCCUGCGCCGCCUCCCCACCCCCGGACUGCGCCGCCAGUCGCCUCCGCCGGCGGCCGCCCCCCGGCCCGCGUCCCCCCGGCUCCUGGUGGCGGCCUCAGCGGCCUCGGGCGCCGCGAGGUCGUGUUCGCGAACAGUCAGAGGUCACUGGAAAGUGUGUUCCAUGGGAAACGGAACGAGCAGACUCUAUAGCGCUCUCGCCAAGACACUGAACAGCAGCGCUGCCUCCCAUCACCCAGAAUAUUUGGUGUCACCUGACCCAGAACAUCUGGAGCCCAUUGAUCCUAAAGAACUCCUUGAGGAAUGCAGGGCUGUCCUGCACACUCGACCUCCGAGGUUCCAGAGGGAUUUUGUGGAUCUGAGGACAGAUUGCCCCAGUAGCCAUCCACCUAUUCGGGUCAUGCAGUGGAACAUCCUCGCCCAAGCUCUUGGAGAAGGAAAAGACAACUUUGUACAAUGCCCCGUGGAAGCACUCAAGUGGGAAGAAAGGAAAUGUCUCAUCCUCGAAGAAAUCCUAGCCUACCAGCCUGAUAUAUUGUGCCUCCAAGAGGUGGACCACUAUUUUGACACCUUCCAACCGCUCCUCAGUAGAUUAGGCUAUCAAGGCACAUUUUUCCCAAAGCCCUGGUCACCUUGUCUAGAUGUAGAACAUAACAAUGGGCCAGAUGGCUGUGCCUUGUUUUUCCUCCAGAACCGAUUCAAGCUAGUCAACAGUGCCAAUAUUAGGCUGACGGCCAUGACACUGAAAACCAAUCAGGUGGCCAUCGCACAAACUCUAGAGUGCAAGGAGUCCAGCCGACAGUUCUGCAUUGCUGUCACCCACUUAAAAGCACGUACUGGCUGGGAACGAUUUCGCUCCGCUCAAGGUUGUGACCUCCUCCAGAACCUGCAGAACAUCACCCAAGGAGCCAAGAUUCCACUUAUCGUGUGUGGGGACUUCAAUGCAGAGCCAACAGAGGAGGUCUACAAACACUUUGCUUCCUCCAGCCUCAACCUGAACAGUGCCUACAAGCUGCUGAGUGCUGAUGGGCAGUCAGAACCUCCGUAUACUACCUGGAAGAUCCGGACCUCAGGGGAAUGCCGACAUACCCUGGAUUAUAUCUGGUAUUCUAAACACGCCCUCAGUGUGAGGUCAGCUCUUGAUUUGCUCACUGAAGAACAGAUUGGACCCAACCGGCUACCAUCUUUUAAUUACCCUUCAGACCACCUGUCUCUAGUGUGUGACUUCAGCUUUAAUGAGGAACCCGAAGGACUUUUAUAAAUGCUUGUCUUUUUAAUCACAAGAGUCUUAACCAGGGAUGUUUCAGGACUGAAAUAGGAAAAGAAGUUGCCUGAGGAAGGAUUCUCAGUUUCUCUAACGUCAUUUUCCAAGUUUGCAGCAUGCCCUUGGGAAGGAAUCCCAUUAGUCCGCAAACCUUUUCCAUUAAAACCUACAGCAAAAAA